AUGGCGAGAGCUUUAACAGAAGCCGAUUUUACAAUCCAUGAACUGAUUGGAACAGGUUCAUUUUCCACAGUAUUUCAUGCAACAGACAAAAAAGGCAGACAUUACGCUCUGAAAAGACUUUUUUGGAAUAAUGCACCUGAUCGAAUUCUAAAAGAACUUCAAUGGAUAUGCUAUUUAGAUCAUCCCAAUAUAGUUAAGUGCCAUGCAUGCUUUAGAACAGUAGAUCAAGCAACUUUAGUGAUGGAAUACAUUCCUCACAUACCUUUUCGUCAGCUUCUAUCAAAAAUGAACAAUUUAACAAUCCAACAUUACAUGUAUGGGCUACUUUCGGCUCUAGCAUAUAUGCACAGCAAAAAAAUUAUUCAUCGAGAUGUAAAACCUGCAAAUUUUUUGUUUGAUCCCAAAACAAUGCGCGGAGUAUUGAUAGACUUUGGUCUUUGCGAAGAAGAUAUGUCAAUUAAAACAGCUACGCCGCAAGUUGCUGAUUCAUCUGAAAAUGAUUUCGACUUACAGUUCCCUCAUUUAUGCCAGAACAGGCAGAAAAUGAUGGCCAACAGAGCUGGCACCAGAGGAUUUAGAUCUCCUGAAGUUCUUUUUGCAGCCUGGAAUCAAACACUGACAAUCGAUAUUUGGAGCGCUGGAGUAGUUCUCCUCUCUAUACUUUCUCAGAGAUAUCCAUUUUUCAAAUCUCCUGAUGAUUUAACAUCAUUAUGUGAAAUUUCGGUUUUAGUUGGAACCGAAAAGCUUUAUGCAGCUGCAAAAGAGUGUGGACGAAAACUUAGAUUCCCUGUUGAACAGAAAGGCUAUAAUAUGCAAGAACUCUGCACAAGAUUAAAUUCUACGAUAGAUGAUAUGAAUUUGGAUCCAUCUGUAUUUGAUUUACUCGAAAAAAUGCUCGAACCUAUUCCUAGUUUGAGAAUCACAUCCGAAGAAGCAUUAAAACAUCCAUUUUUUGCAACAAUUUCUGCAAAAAAUGCAUAA